AUGCAAUUGCACGUCCAUAGCAUCCUUUGGCUCAUUGCCAUUGGAGCUGUGUCCUUCAAGUUGUGUGAUGAAGCAGACCCGCCGACAGAGUGUAUUAAAGAUGACUGCUACCAAGCAAUUUGUAACACCAGUCAAAACCCACAACACACUAUUACAGCGCUGGUAGACUGUUUAAACUAUAUAUACACCACUGUGACGUGUCCAAAGGAGGCAAUCCCGGCGACCGGCACCGUCCCAGCGGUCCCGACAACCGGCAGUAUCGAGCAGUAUUGUCCGGUUCCCAUUCCCCUCUAUGCAACGGCAUGUAGUGGCUCAGUUCGAUACUCGAGCAUUUGCUCCUGCUUAGGUGUCAAGAGUCCUGAACCGGUAUGGCCAUUCAAUGAACAGUCUCCAGGAGCUAAUAGAACACAGUCACCGACAAAGACGAAAACAUCCACGACUGCUGCACCAACAUCUACCCCAGACUUCAAUAGCGAUCCACUAAACUGUGGGAGUAGCGGAACUAUCUGCCCUCCUAAUGAGAGCUGCCUCAGCGGCGUAUGCUCAGAAGAUUCAUGCUCGGCCUACCAGUCAUGCGAAACAGGAUUUACCACUAAUUGCAAUGGAAAUAGCGCUUGCUACUGCUUUAAAGGCAUAAGUGGCAAGGCGGUUUGCGCGUCUGAUUUGGAUUGUAGUGAAGUGAGUCUUUGUGGGAGGGAUUCUGAUUGCGGAUCGGGGACGAUUUGUGUAGUGGAUACGUGUUGCACUUCGUUGGGCAACUACACUGGGGUAUGUCUUUUUACGAACUGUCCGCAAUCGGACACUAUGGAUGCGGCAAAGCAGCGGAAGAGGGGUACGGCGGCGUUUAGAUGA